GAGUAGCACUAAGUAUUAUUUUUAAAUCCGCAUUGGGUUAUUGCAAAUUUGACAAUGUGGGAAGCAUAACACCAUGCUUUAUUGUAGACUUCAUUUGAUUAAAUCAUACCACAGAUGGGGUACGGAUUUGUUUAUCUCGUAAUAACGGCGUAUCUUAUAUUUAAAUGUUCAUUGGAUUAAGAGAUAUUGAUGUGAUAUGAUUGUCAUAUCCAGAUAUUUCGCGAAAUAUGGAUUACAUUCUCAUCCUGUCUGGUUUCUGCAGUAUUGCGCCUAUGAUGUGUGAUUUGUUAUUUGACUAUGUUAUGGCACAGUGGAUUGUAUUUCAAAAUGGAUUGGCAUCUGUGAUAUUGUAUUUGUGAUAUGAAUCUGUUGAAUGUGCUUGCUCUGUGAAUAUUCUCAGUUUGUGACAGAUGUCGGAUCCCAUUAGGUGACUCCUGGGGAGAUUUCUCUCCAAUCGGAGGCUCCAUUAAAAGAGGAUUUGGUUCCAGCCCGGCCCCCGAGCCUGGCCAAGCCCUUCUCUCAUCUCCAUCUCCACUAAGAUCAGACAGGACCAUCAGAGAGACAGAGAGAGACAGAGACAGAAACAACCCUUAUCGCCGCGAUCAGAGGCGGAGAGGACAUCUUUUAUAUCAAACUCUUAACACCGCGAUCAAACACUCGAACGAUAUUUUAUCAAACUCCUGCCGCUGGGAUCAGAUAUUAAAAGGGCAUUUUAUUAAAUUCUUGUCGCUCGUUACAGAGAUUUGACCCAACACAAAAUGCCUGGAUCUGCAGGGCUGAUUUGUGGAUAAAGAAGCCAGAUAAGAUCUUCAGGAAAAAUUGCUAGUCAUUGGAAUUUGCUUUUUUUUAACAAAGUCGAUCUUGCUCCAUUCCAUUGGAUCCUCCAGUUUCCCCCGUUGCUGGUGUGUCCCAUUGCAGUUCGGAUCGUGUUGUCCAGGAUGUUGAACUCGGACCAGACUGAACUGGACCUGAAUCCCAGCUCCUCGGAAAGCGAAUCCGUGCUGUCCGAUGCCCGGGGAGGCUGUGUGCGGGACAAGCCAGAUGAGGCCGAGGGCAAGCGGGGAGUCCAGCAGACACUGAGCCGGGAAGAGAAGCGCCGCCGGCGGCGAGCCACUGCCAAGUACCGCACGGCUCACGCUACCCGGGAGCGCAUCAGGGUGGAGGCCUUUAAUGUGGCGUUCGCAGAACUUCGCAAACUGCUGCCAACUCUGCCUCCCGAUAAAAAGCUCUCCAAGAUAGAGAUCCUCCGCUUGGCCAUCUGUUACAUCUCCUACCUGAACCAUGUCCUUGAUGUCUAGGCAGUGAGUGGGGGAGACAAGAGAGAGUGAGAAAAACAGUGGAGAUCAGAAUGGGAAAAGUAAAGUUUGUGGAUUUAAAACUGGAAAUUAAAAAAAAGUUGUUUGAGGAGGUUGUCAAGUGCCACCGUUUCCAAUACAAAUGGAACUUAAAAAUCUAUUUGUGACCUUAAAGUGUGUUAGUGGGUGCGGUAUAUUUAUAUUUAAUUUUAUUUUUUAUAAAUGUGCGUAUUGAUAAUUAGUAUAUUUCUAUAUUAUUUUAUUUAUUUUUUAUAUAAAUGUUUGUCAGUUUUUUUGUGCCACCUGUUCUCAGUUCAGUGUUUACACCUUCUGUUGGAGAGCUGUUAUUUCUGUCCUUUCUCGGCGUGCUAGGUUGCUGUUUUGAGAGCAGUGAUGUUUUUUGCCUCUUGUAUCGCACUUGUUUCUGAAGAUAGAAGCUUUUCUGUUUGUCACACUUCCACGAACCCGUCUCCCUUCAAUAUUUGGUGCAAUGAGUUUUGUUGUUUCUAGGAGAGUCGAGCACUCGCACUUGAUGCUUUAAUUUCAUUUAAAUGUUUUAAGGUCCGUGGCGGUUGCUGUUGUACAAAAAUGUUUAUUUUUUUUGUUUGGUAGAAUGUGUCGCAGUUAUGAAUACGGUUAAACAAAAGGAGAAGGAUUCCCAGAUUGUGCAGCAACUCCUAGGAGUGUUUUUUUUUUCAUGCUUUAGUCUAUCCUUCAAAAUGUUUAAAAGAUAAUCUGGGCGAAUCAUCUCCAAUCGAAUUGAACCAAAAACUGAAUUUCUAUUAAUUGUCCCACCCCCCUUAUCCCCCGGUCUCUGCUUAGCACCCCUGAAGUGCGCGGAUUUUGUAAAAAACAAAAAACAAACAAAAAAAUGGACAUAUCAAACUGACAUCCAAAGAAUCUCGUCUUUUUCAGGGUUUCUAAAUGUGUUUUUUGCCUAGUUCAGAAUAUUUUGUGGUUGAAACACCGAGCUGGUUUAUAUAAGGUAGUUUUCAUAUCUAUUCCUGAAUGGUGCCGUUUGGCAAUAAAAAAAAGCUGAAAA